GCUUGAAGUUAGGAUUCGUAAUAAAAUUCUAAUUUGUUCUAGCGUUUCUUCUUGACAAACCAGAAGCUGCCAAAUUUUGAAAUAUUUUAAAAUGCAUCAGAGGAAGUGAGUCAGAUACGUUCUUCAUACACGACAAUGGAAGUACUCUGCGUUCCAAGUUAUGAAUACUGUGGAAAACUGUGUCCUUGAAUAAAUACGGGCUGAAACUUUCAGGCUUUCAGAAUAUAUGCUGCCUCUUUCCUCCCUCGUUCCUGUUAGAUAGCUUUUAUAAAGUAGGGAGCGCCGAGAUGAUCUUAAAAAUCAGCUGUUCGAAAACAAAAAUACAAGCUCCUGUGUCUUGUGUUUCUAGUUGGUAUUUUCCCAUCCCAGGGUUUUCGCCUGCUCAACAGAUCUAUGUCUCCGAACAAAGUUCAACUUCCCCCAAAUUUACAUAGUUAGUUUAGUCCCCUUUCUGAUGAUUGCCAUAUAUAGAAAAAAAAUCUAAUUAUUUUCACUUGGCAGCCAUUCCUCAUCUCCUGUGGAACACGAGUGAUUUUGUUAACUCCAAGGGGGGAAAUAAGCGCAGCUCCUUGGAGUGGCCAAAUUCUGCUGCUUAGUCUCGCAGGAGGGUGGGGGAGAGUUGAUCGUUUCGGAGAUAAACUCUUUUAAGUAUGAUACUUUUGCUUUGUUUCGCCCCCUGCCCCCGCCCCUGAAAAGGACUCACCAUUUCACCGAGGUGAAAAGUGGGUCUGUGAGUAGAGCGACUUUCCUAAAAAAAAAAGAGAAAAAAUUGAGAAACCAAUUACUUGAUAUGCAGAGCUGCAAGCCUCGUUCCCUUCACGAAAUCAGUGCAGUGUGCAUUGCCGUUAACCUGAGGAGAGCUGCUGACUCUUGAUUACGCUAGAGGUGGAAGGACCCAAACUUGCAGUAUCCCCCUCCCCCUCGAGAGGUUGGUAGUCCAGUCCUUCAGAGAGGUUCCUUUUGGCUCUCUGUCAUCACCGGGACGCUGGCAGGGGACGUGUGUCAUGGUUACAAUAGAGUGUGCUAACACAUAACAACCAUGAAAGCCCAGCGGGAAAGGCUACAGAUUCCGGGGCUGACCUUGGAUCUCACUCCAAGGAGCCUGAGUCCAACCCCCUCCAGCCCAGGCAGUCCUUGUAGCCCUCUCUUCGCUUUUCACUUCUGGAGUUGCCGAACAAGCAACCGGAAAAGCUUGAUAGGCAAUGGACAGUCCCCAGCACUGCCCAGACCGCACUCGCCUCUUUCUGCUCAUGCAGGAAAUAGCCCUCAAGAUAGUCCAAGAAAUUUCUCCCCCAGUGCCUCAGCCCAUUUUUCAUUUGCACGGAGGACUGAUGGUCGCCGCUGGUCGCUGGCUUCCCUCCCCUCUUCCGGCUAUGGGACAAACACACCCAGCUCCACUGUCUCUUCAUCCUGUUCCUCCCAAGAGAAACUGCACCAGCUACCGUACCAACCAACACCGGAUGAGCUUCACUUCCUAUCCAAACAUUUUUGUACCACUGAAAGCAUCGCCACCGAGAACAGGUGCAGGAACACCCCCAUGCGCCCCCGUUCCCGAAGCCUCAGCCCUGGACGUUCCCCCGCCUGCUGUGACCAUGAAAUAAUUAUGAUGAACCAUGUCUACAAAGAAAGGUUCCCAAAGGCUACAGCUCAGAUGGAAGAGCGUCUAAAGGAAAUUAUCACCAGCUACUCCCCUGACAACGUACUUCCCCUAGCAGAUGGAGUGCUUAGUUUCACUCACCAUCAAAUUAUUGAACUGGCUCGAGAUUGUUUGGAUAAAUCCCACCAGGGGCUCAUCACCUCACGAUACUUCCUUGAAUUGCAGCACAAGUUAGAUAAGUUACUACAGGAGGCUCAUGAUCGUUCAGAAAGUGGAGAAUUGGCAUUCAUUAAACAGCUAGUCCGAAAGAUCCUAAUUGUUAUUGCCCGCCCUGCUCGCCUAUUAGAGUGCCUGGAAUUUGAUCCUGAAGAAUUUUAUUACCUAUUGGAGGCAGCAGAAGGCCAUGCAAAAGAAGGACAGGGCAUCAAAACUGACAUUCCCAGGUAUAUCAUAAGCCAACUGGGGCUCAAUAAGGACCCCCUGGAAGAAAUGGCUCAGUUGGGGAACUAUGACAGUGGGACAGCAGAAACACCAGAAACGGAUGAGUCAGUGAGUAGCUCUAAUGCUUCCCUGAAACUUCGAAGGAAACCUCGAGAAAGUGAUUUUGAAACAAUUAAAUUGAUUAGCAAUGGAGCCUAUGGGGCAGUCUAUUUCGUUCGGCAUAAGGAAUCGAGGCAGAGGUUUGCCAUGAAGAAGAUUAAUAAACAGAACCUCAUCCUUCGAAAUCAAAUCCAGCAGGCUUUCGUGGAACGGGAUAUUCUGACUUUUGCAGAAAACCCUUUUGUUGUCAGCAUGUACUGCUCCUUUGAAACAAGGCGCCAUUUGUGCAUGGUCAUGGAGUAUGUGGAAGGGGGAGACUGUGCUACCUUAAUGAAGAACAUGGGUCCUCUCCCUGUUGAUAUGGCCCGAAUGUAUUUUGCCGAGACAGUCUUGGCCUUGGAAUAUCUGCAUAAUUAUGGAAUUGUACACAGGGAUUUGAAACCAGACAACUUGUUGGUCACCUCCAUGGGGCACAUAAAACUGACAGAUUUUGGGUUAUCUAAGGUGGGACUAAUGAGCAUGACCACCAAUCUUUAUGAGGGUCAUAUUGAGAAGGAUGCUCGGGAGUUCCUGGAUAAACAGGUCUGUGGCACACCUGAAUACAUUGCCCCAGAAGUGAUUCUGAGACAGGGCUAUGGGAAGCCCGUGGACUGGUGGGCCAUGGGGAUUAUCCUCUAUGAAUUUCUGGUUGGAUGUGUGCCAUUCUUUGGGGACACUCCUGAAGAGCUAUUUGGACAAGUCAUCAGUGAUGAAAUCAACUGGCCUGAAAAGGAUGAGGCUCCACCCCCGGAUGCCCAGGAUCUGAUUACCUUGCUUCUCAGGCAGAAUCCCCUGGAGAGGCUGGGAACAGGUGGUGCCUUUGAAGUCAAACAGCAUCGCUUCUUCCGUUCGCUAGACUGGAACAGUUUGCUGAGACAGAAGGCAGAAUUUAUUCCCCAACUGGAAUCCGAGGAUGACACAAGUUAUUUUGAUACUCGGUCAGAGAAGUAUCAUCACAUGGAAACUGAGGAAGAAGAUGACACAAAUGAUGAAGACUUUAAUGUGGAAAUAAGGCAGUUUUCCUCAUGUUCACACAGGUUUUCCAAAGUUUUCAGCAGUAUAGAUCGAAUAACUCAGAAUUCAGGAGAAGAGAAAGAUGACUCUGGAAACAAAGCCAAAAGCACAACUUUGCCAUCCACGGAAACGUUAAGCUGGAGUUCAGAAUAUUCUGAAGUGCAACAGUUAUCGACGUCCAACUCUUCCGAUACUGAAAGCAAUAGGCAUAAACUUGGUUCUGGGCUACUUCCCAAGCUGGCUAUCUCAGCGGAGGGAGAACACAGUGAAGCAGUGCCCUGUCCUGGCGAGCCCCAUGAAGAGCCUGAAAAGCCACCCCUUCCUCCCGAAGAGUGUGCUCAGGAAGAGCCCGAGGUCACCACCCCAGCCAGCACCAUCAGCAGCUCCACCCUGUCAGUUGGCAGUUUUUCAGAGCACUUGGAUCAGAUAAAUGGACGAAGCGAGUGUGUGGACAGUGCAGAUAAUUCCUCCAAGCCAUCCAGUGACCCCGCAUCUCACAUGGCCCGGCAGCGAUUAGAAAGCACAGAAAAAAAGAAAAUCUCGGGGAAAGUCACAAAGUCCCUUUCUGCCAGUGCUCUGUCCCUCAUGAUCCCAGGAGAUAUGUUUGCUGUUUCUCCCCUGGGAAGCCCAAUGUCUCCCCACUCCCUGUCCUCGGACCCCUCUUCUUCAAGAGAUUCUUCUCCUAGCCGAGAUUCCUCCGCAGCCUCUGCCAGUCCCCAUCAGCCCAUUGUGAUCCACAGUUCAGGGAAGAACUACGGCUUCACCAUCCGCGCCAUCCGGGUGUAUGUGGGGGACAGUGACAUCUAUACCGUGCACCACAUCGUUUGGAAUGUAGAAGAAGGAAGUCCAGCGUACCAAGCAGGACUAAAGGCUGGGGAUCUGAUCACACACAUCAACGGAGAGCCAGUGCAUGGACUCGUCCACACGGAAGUCAUAGAGCUCCUGCUAAAGAGCGGAAAUAAGGUGUCAAUCACCACCACCCCGUUUGAAAACACAUCAAUCAAAACAGGACCAGCCAGGAGAAACAGCUAUAAGAGCCGUAUGGUGAGACGGAGCAAGAAGUCUAAGAAAAAGGAAAGUUUAGAGAGGAGGAGAUCUCUCUUCAAAAAGCUAGCCAAGCAGCCCUCUCCUUUACUGCACACCAGCAGGAGUUUCUCUUGUUUGAAUCGAUCACUGUCAUCAGGAGAGAGCCUUCCGGGCUCCCCCACUCACAGCCUGUCUCCCCGGUCUCCCACGCCCAGCUACCGCUCCACCCCUGACUUCCCAUCUGGUACUAAUUCCUCCCAGAGCAGCUCCCCAAGCUCCAGUGCCCCCAAUUCCCCAGCGGGGUCAGGACACAUCCGGCCCAGCACACUCCAUGGCCUGGCCCCCAAGCUCGGUGGGCAGCGAUACCGCUCUGGAAGGCGCAAGUCGGCCGGCAGCAUCCCGCUGUCCCCGCUGGCCCGGACACCUUCUCCAACUCCCCAGCCCACCUCCCCGCAGCGCUCACCGUCCCCACUGCUGGGACACUCCCUGGGCAAUGCCAAGAUAUCUCAAGCUUUUCCCAGCAAGAUGCACUCCCCUCCCACCAUUGUCAGACACAUCGUGAGGCCCAAGAGCGCUGAACCCCCUCGAUCCCCACUGCUCAAGCGGGUACAGUCUGAGGAAAAGCUGUCACCUUCCUAUAGCAGUGACAAGAAGCACCUGUGCUCCCGCAAGCACAGCCUGGAGGUGACACAGGAGGAGGUGCAGCGGGAGCAGUCCCAGCGGGAGGCAACCUUGCAGAGCCUGGAGGAGACCGUGUGUGACGCGCCGUCCCUCAGCCGCGCCCGGCCCGUGGAGCAAGGCUGCCUGAAACGCCCUGUCUCCCGGAAGCUGGGCCGGCAGGAGUCCGUGGAAGACUUGGACCGGGAUAAGCUGAAGGCCAAGGUGGUGGUGAAAAAACCAGAUGGCCUCCCGGAGAAACAGGAGUCCCACCAGAAACCCCACAGUCUGGGCAGUGAGUCAGAAAACCACGCUCUCUUUAGGCUAGAAGAGAGGGAGAAGAAAGUCUACCCCAAGGCUUUGGAAAGGUCGAGUCACUUUGAGAACAAGGCGGCAGAGGCCCAGUCUCUGGGCAGCCUGCUGAAGGAUGCCCUCCACAAGCAGGCCAGUGUGCGAGCCAGCGAGGGGGCAAGCCCGGACGGGGCAGUGGUGGGCUGCAGCCCAGCACCUGUGGAGCACAGCCCAGGCACAGGGGACUUCAAACGGGCCUCUGCCCCUGGCACCCUCCAGGACAGUCUGUGUCACUCCCCGGACAGGUCCACCUCCGGGAAGGGAGAGAGCUUGGAGAAGGCCUCCCAGGCCAAGGACUUCCUCCGAACUGAGAAGCUGGACAGCAAGCUGGCCAAUAUUGAUUACCUCCGAAAGAAAAUGUCACUUGAAGACAAAGAUGCGAAGCCCAAGAUGACAUCUGGCCCCCAUGAAUGCCUGCCCGGGAACACGCUCCGGCCUGUGAGUGGGCAGCAGGAGGCCCCACCAGCCUCUGAGAGCCGCGUGUACAUCAGCAGCACGCAUGCAGCUCAGAUGAGCGGGGUCUCUUUUGUUCCCCUCAAGGCCUUAGCUGGCCGGGUGGACAGUGGAGCAGAGAAGGCGAGCUUGGCUGCGCCUGAAUCCCCCGUCAGAAAAAGCCCCUCUGAGUAUAAGCUGGAGGGCAGGUCAGUUUCCUGCCUGAAGCCAAUUGAGGGCACACUGGACAUUGCUCUCCUGUCUGGACCUCACGCCUGUAAGACAGAGCUGCCUUCGCCAGAGACAGCACAGAGCCCCAGCACUGCUGGGGACACAGCGGCCUCUGUGCCUCCAGCGCCCCCUGGCAGUGGUGGCAGAAAGGGCGAAACCGCCAGCCUCAGAGAGCUGUCCCCUGCCGGCUUAAAGAUGAGUAAAUCUUACUUGCUUGAACCUCGGUUCCUGCCCCCCAGCCGAGGUCUCCAGAACUCAUCAGCAGCUCCCUUGCCUGACCCAGAGUUAAAGUGGGAUAGGAAAGUUUUCCAGCCUGCUGGCAGGGGCUCAGGGACAGUUAUGGAGAGUGACCCCCAGCAGAGAGAGGACAGUGCCACCAAACAGCAAGACCGUUCCAUUAACCCCAAGGUCCUCCCCAGCCCUGGGCAGACCCUGCACAAUAUUGACCCUGCCAGUCCACAGGGCCUACUCCCACCUGACAGGGCCCCUUCAAGAGAGAAACCAAGCCUGAAGGAACUGACUGAAAAGGGCCCUUCCACAACCAGAGGCGAGUGGCCUGCCGCAAGGGCUGACAAAAACCGAGACCACUGUAAGGAGCUGUGUCCCCAGGAGACUAAAGCUAAAGCUGGUGACAGUUCCCAAAAUCUCUCUUCUGUGGGAAGGACUCGCCUAGAUUUCUACGUGCAGAACCCAGCUGUGGAAAAACCUCCAGCACCUACUGGGAAAACAAACCACAAAGAUGGCCGAGAGGACACGAGGCCCCUAGCCAGGGAUGACAAGGCCUCGUGCGUGCCUGGGAAUCUUGGCGAGCAGGAGGUGGACACAGUAAGAAGCACUGUGGAAAUCAAGCCUGAAGCCCCUCCUGCCAGGCAUCCUCCACAGCCACUCAGAAAUGAGAGUGGAAAGAGUGAAAAGCUCUCUGGCUUCCCCUCUUUGCUGAAAGAGGGCCCCAAGGAGCCUGAGAGGAAAGAACAGCUUCUGCAAAGGCACCUCAGCAGUGGCCCUCAGCCCCCACUGACCACCAAAGAGCUGCCCAGAUUGGCUGUCCGGCAGCAGUGCACUUCCUCCAGCCACACUUCCAGCAGGGAAAUGGAGACCACUCCGGGCGCUGUAGAACCCAGCCUGGGUCCCCAGGACACCCCCAGGCUGGCUGCCGCUGCUGCUGCUGCUGCUGCAUACCAUGAGAGCAGCAGCCCCAAGUCCCAUGCUGGCCCUGACCCCAACCCUCCAAAGAUCAAGCAAACAGACAGGUCCCUGUCCUCUCAGAAACCAAGUGUUGGGGCUGCAAAGAGCAAAGAGCCUGCUGCCACUCAGCCACUUGGAGGCUCCAGAAGAGAUGGGAAAGGCAACAUCAAGGUCAUGUUGGAUGUGUUCCCUGCCAUCCUAAGCUCCCAGAGCAAAGUUGGCAAUGCAGUUGGCUGCGGAGAGAGUGGGCCCUCUGUCCCGCUGCACGCUGAAGAGGGUCUAGUAGAUACCAAACCAAAACCCACCAGUGGCAGGCAUCCCCCGGAGAUGCAGGAGAAGCCUGUAUAUUUGCCAAGGCCAGGGCACCCAGGGUCCAGCGAGUUGGUAGACCAGAAACCUACCACUGCUAGUGAGAAACAAAGCCUGUCUCCAAAGCAUCCCAAACCAUCCACUGUGAAGGACAGACAGACAGAAAAAAGCCCCAGUCAGCAGGCCACUGCCUUGGAUAGGAAGGCCGAAGGGAAGAAAUGCACAGAAGCACUUUACGCUGCAGCCGCAGACAGUGGGAAGGAGGCCAACCUCUCCCUCAUGCAUGGAGAGAGCUGGCCAAAAGGCACGGAGAGGCCAGCAUCAGGAGUGGGGAAAGGCUUCCCAGAGCCCAAGGGCAAAGGGCCUGGGCCCCAGAAGCCCCCAGCUGAGGUAGGCAAGCUCAGCAGCAUGAAACGGUCGCCCUCAGCCACUGGGCAGAGUUCUUUGCGCUCUCCUGCCCUCCCAGAGAAAUCCCUGAGCUACUCCUCCAGCUUCCCCGAGGCCCGACUAGGGCCAGGAGUCCGAGAGGCUACCCCAGCCAGUGGUGACCCCUCUUCCGCCAAGGCCAAUGGGGGCAUGCUUGAGCCUCCAGCCACCAGCCACAGGGACCACAAGAAGCCCCAGUCUGGGGGGGAUGGCAGAACAUUAAUGACAAAGAGUGACUCCUUGCCGUCCUUCCGCCUCUCCACCACUGCCCCAGAGUCCCACCAGCCUGACUUACAGGUGUCAGGUGGAGCUGGCCGCCGAGACAGGGCACUCUCUGUAACUGCCACCAUGGGAGAAACCAAAGGGAAGGAGCCCACCGCUGCCCAGCCUCCCCAACCCAGGAAACAGAACCCGGGCAGGGAGGUGACCAAGGCAUCCCUGACCCCAAACACAGACCGCUCCAUCACCCUAUCAUCAGAGAAGGACUUCGUGGUGCGGCAGAGGCGGGGCAAAGAGAGUUUGCGCAGCAGCCCUCACAAAAAGGCCUCCUAAAGGGACAGGUCCCGGGCAGGACGGUGGAGACCUGGCCUGAGAAUGUGACUGUCAAGACCACCUUCGAAACCAGCACUGUGGGAAUGAAUGUCCACCAGGCAGAGCCUGAGCCUCACGGAGGAGUGGGGAGAGAAACACGUAGAGGGAACCUUCUUCCAGAUGCCUUCCCAGUUGUCACCGGUAAAGCUGUUACCAGAUAGUGUUUGUACACACACACACACACACACACACACACACACACACACACACAAAUUCCUUUGCAAAGUCGAGGGUUGUUGAGGAAAGAAAUUUUUCUCUGUAAAUAUCUAGCGAUGUGUUUGGUUUGGGAUGUAGUCUAUACCUUGCUGCUGAUUACAUCAUUCACUACAGCUUUUGAAAAUUAAGAUCUUUGCUUUACCAGUUACCAUCCUGUAGUAAUGAUGCAGAAAUGGUCAAAACCGGAUGUGUGUAAAAGUAUAGAGACAUCCACAUUUGUGUCUGUAUACAUCCACCUACAUGUUUUGGUCUGUGGUUUGGAAAAAUUUCAAGACUCCAUUUUUAUAAGUAGAGUCAGAGAUGCAAGAAAGCCCUAAAUACAGUAGGUUGUGAGUUUUUAUGUGUAUUUUUAACCAGAGUUUCUGAUAAUAUUGUAUCUGGCUACCGAUAUUUCUAAAUCUAAAAAACUACUGCUCCAAUUGCUGCAUUUGGAAUCCUCCACUAGGAAAGGCAGGAUAAAUGGAGCGAGUCAGGUUUAUUUCUCAGUCAUCCCUGUGGACAUCUUGAUCCUGAGGGUCCAGCUGUCCCAAAGGCCAGUUGUCCUUUCCUGUAGGUUCUAUGUCUAAUCUUCACCCAAAGUAGAGCAGGGACUAUGAACACACAUCAACUUUAUUUCAAGCUCUUACAUUUAGGCCUUCACGCUGUGAGCGAGUAGUCUGAGAAGCACAGGUUCUGUGGUAGUCCUUGCACCAGCCCUGCUCUGGAAUCAAAAGGAGAAUUCCUGGCUGCACACAAAUCUGCUAGUACUUAGGUCAGGUCGUAAGCAUCGGGCAUUGGAAGAGGUUUCAGUUUGCUUUUCUGAGGAGAAGAAAGGGGGGUGGGUUUUGGCGUCAUAGCAUAUAUAUAUUCAGGAGUAAUCAGGACAUCAGAUACAUUUUAACACAUAGCUGGGGCCUUAUGUUGUAGAUGAAGCUUGCUGUUUUUAGCAAGUUCCUGGUUUCACAUUCAUUUUUGCUGCAUCAAGUAGCUCCAAGCACUUCAUAACAUGAUCUCUUUAUUUGUAUGCAAAAAAUACUGUAUUAAUAAAGAGAAACAUUUUUGUAACAAAGAGAGAGACUUGGUGGAGCUAUUCGGUGCUUGAAUGUGACCAUCCUUUUUACUUUUGCUAAGCCUUAUUUAAAUUUUGUAUACCAUGAAAUAUGUAGAACUUGUCAAAUCAUUUUAGUGUGGAGGGUUUUUGAUUUCUUUCUGUUGUUGUUGCAGUUUUUUUUUUUUUUUGGUGGUGGCUUGUUUCAAAUAGUAAGAUGGCACUCACUGACAUAAGUACUGAGGCACCAAGAGACAGCAGAUAAGUAUUUAUAAGAUGCUUGGGAUCCACAGCAGGAUUUUGUUUUGUUUUGUUUUGUAAAAGGAAAAAAAUUACCAAUAAAUAAUCUAGCACCAAACUCCCUCAAGGGAUAUCUCAGUAGCUUCAUUCUAUAAAACUGUUUAUGUAAGCACAGCAUCCUCUUACAGCCCUGUGGAUUGUAAAUCAUCUAGCAAGGCUGUAAACAGUCCAAAAACAAAGGCAUAACUUAACCAACCGCUUGACUGUCUUCAUUGUAAAGCAAGUUGGCCAUAGCCAAAUAAAAAAAGAAAAGAAAAGAAAACUAUCUGCUCUUUGCCCCCUUUUUUUUUCCCCGUGAAGUUUCGGCCUUUCCAUUAUUUUAUUGUGAAAGUGCGAAACAAACAAAAUAUUUUUUACAAGAACUAAAAUGGGUUUCCGAAGUGGUCUCAAGACUUGUAAUACAUAUCUGUUGGGCAGUUGUCAUAACCUACCCUUCUACACUGAACACUGAGACAGGUCUGUUCGGGAGGUAAUUCAUGGUUUACAGCCUUUGCUUUUUAACUGUCCAGUUUUCUUUGAAGCACAACUAGCUGCUUGUUUACAAAGGAUAUUUUUAUGUAUAUUUUGUAUAGUGUAUUAUCAUUUUUGCCAAAUGUUUUUGCAUUUUGGAUGAGUAAAGAGUACUUACGGUUGCAUUCAUGUAAUACCUGUUUGUUGUGAACUGCCCACAUCAGCUGGUAGAAACUCUCUUGUGUUCUCGUUGGUCAGUCUCUGUGUGAUUGUAAGUGUGCUCCGUGGUAGUACUCCCAGCUGUAGACUUGCCGGCUUAAAAAGUUUGUUAGAAUCUGUGCAAUAAAGUGUUUGCAGUCUUAUUUUCUCUAAGAAAUUCCCCCCUGGAUGUCAUAAUUGUUGUAUAUUGAAUAAAUAUUUAUACUUAUGCAGUUGCAUAACAAUUGAAUAAAAAUUUAGCAUGAAAGAU